UGCGCGAUUGCGGCGGGGGUGAGGGGAAGUGAGGUGCGCGGGCCGAGCGCCGCUUGGGGACGCACGGAAGGGUUUAGGGGCCAUCUGGAUGGAGGCUGAGGGCGUCGCGCGCAGGUGGGGUAACCGGAUUUGAUGUCCACCAUGUUCAACCAGCAGCAGCAGCUCCAGCAGCUCCAGCAGCAGCAGCUGCAGCAGCAGCAGCUGCUCCAGCUCCAGCAGCUGCUCCAGCAGUCCCCACCGCAGCCCCCCCUGCCCAUGGCCGUCAGCAGGGGGCUGCCCCAACAGCAGCCACAGCAGCAGCUCCUGAACCUCCAAGGCGCCAGCCCCGCCUCCCUCCUCAACGGCUCUGUGCUACAGAGAGCUUUGCUUCUGCAGCAGUUGCAAGGACUGGACCAGUUUGCAAUGCCACCAGCCACGUCUGACAGUGUCGGUCUCACCAUGCCCACGGCAACCUUGGGUAACCUCCGGGGCUACAACCUGCCAACCCCGAACCUGACAGGCCCCAGCCUCACGGUCCCCCAGCUGGCCACCCCAAAUCUACAGCAGUUCUUUCCCCAGGCCACUCGGCAGUCCUUGCUGGGGGCCCCUCCUGUUGGGGUCCCCAUAAACCCCUCCCAGAUCAACCUUUCAGGGCGGACUCCCCAGAAACAGGCCCGCACCCCCUCCUCCACCACCCCCAAUCGCAAGGAUUCUUCUUCUCAGACGGUGCCCGUGGAAGACAAGUCAGACCCCCCAGAGGGGUCUGAGGAAGUUGUCGAGUCCCGAACAGAUACACCAGAAGACCAAGAUUCCCCACCCUGCCCAGAUGGCAUCGCUAAAGAGAAACGCACUGUAGCACCUGAGCCCGAGUCUUGUGAGGCAUCGGAGCCACCGGCUAAGAGGUCAAAGAGCUCGGAGUUGCCCACAGAGAAGGGGGCCCCCGGGCAACUGCAGGCGAAAGUCCAGCCUCAGGCCCGGACCACGGCCCCGAAGCAGACCCAGACGCCUGAGCUGCUGCCUGAGCCGCCGGAAGCCCGAGUGCUGCCACGAUUCCAGCCGCGGGUUCUGCAGAUCCAGGCCCAAGUGCAGCCGCAGACGCAGACGCAGCUGCAGCCGCAGCCGCAGCCGCAGCCGCCGCCACCCCUGCCUCCAGGGGACACCCAGGCACGGCCCAAACUGCAGAAACAGGCACAGACGCAGACCUCUCCAGACCACUUGGUGCCGCAGCAGGUGCAGAAGGAGGCAGAGCCACAGAAACAGGUGCAGCGCCAGGCACAUGCCCAGCCCCCUGGGCAGGUGCAGCCGCAGCAGCUGGCACAGACGCAGACAUAUCCUCAGGUCCAGCCACCAGAGCAGCCACCAGGACAGCCUCCCGUGCAGCCCCCUGACCGGACUGAGGGGCAGCCUCAGACCUGGCCGCAGGUGUCCAUGCCAGCAUCGGAGCAAGCACCAGUUCCGGUGCGUUCCACGGUGCCGGAGACACCACCAGAUCUGAGAGAUGCCGGAGCAGGCCUGAAGGAGGCCUCGCCAGAGCCAGGAGGCUCCCAGGUCAGCGUGGAGAGCCAGGAGGAGUUGACCAGCGGUCUGGAUGUGGGAGAAUGUGAAAAAAGGGCAAGAGAGAUGCUAGGGGUGUGGGGUGCCGGGGGCUCCCUGAAGGUCACCAUCCUGCAGAGCAGUGACAGCCGGGCCUUCAGCACAGUCCCCCUCACACCCGUGCCCCGCGCGGGUGACUCUACCUCCGCCACCCCUGCCUCCGCCAGCACACCCUCGAAGCAGACCCUCCAGUUCUUCUGCUACCUUUGCAAGGCCAGCUGCAGCAGCCAGCAGGCCCAUCCUUCGCUCUGCUGGCUACAGGAGUUCCAGGACCACAUGGCGGGGGCCCAGCACCAGCAGCGUCUGGGGGAGAUCCAGCACAUGAGCCAAGCCUGCCUCCUGUCCCUGCUGCCCGUGCCCCGGGAUGUCCUGGAGAGAGAGGACGAAGAGCCCCCGCCGAGGCGUUGGUGUAACACCUGCCAGGUCUACUACAUGGGGGACCUGAUCCAGCACCGCAGGACUCAGGACCACAAGAUUGCCAAGCAAUCCCUGCGACCUUUCUGCACUGUUUGCAACCGCUAUUUCAAGACCCCCCGCAAGUUUGUGGAGCACGUGAAGUCCCAGGGGCAUAAGGACAAAGCCAAGGAGCUGAAGAUGCUUGAGAAGGAGAUCGCCGGUCAAGAUGAGGACCACUUCAUCACGGUGGACGCUGUGGGCUGCUUUGAGGGCGAUGAAGAAGAGGAGGAGGAGGAGGAGGAUGAAGAAGAAGAGAUCGAGGUUGAGGAAGAAUUCUGCAAGCAGGUGAGGUCCAGAGAUAUAUCCAUAGAGGAGUGGAAAGGCUCAGAGACCUAUAGCCCCAGUACUGCAUACGGUGUGGACUUCCUGGUGCCCGUGAUGGGGUACAUUUGCCGCAUCUGCCACAAGUUCUACCACAGCAACUCGGGGGCACAGCUCUCCCACUGCAAGUCCUUGGCCCACUUCGAGAACCUGCAGAAAUACAAGAAAGCCAAGAACCCCAGGCCUACCAGCAGGCCCGUGAGCCAUCAGUGUAUGAUCAGUGCCUGGAAUGCCUCCACUGACCUGUUCACCGCUAGUGGCCAGUGGGGUCCUCACCCCAGGAUACAGAGGAGAGGCACAGUGAUGUUGGAGACCCAUUUAAUGUGGAUGCUCAAGGCCUGGGCAAAGUGGGGAGUGUCCUGGAAUUGGGCAGGCUGGCAAGGUGGGUGGGUCGCAGGCCCACACCUGACCCCAGGAGGGGACGUCAGGAGUUGGGGGCUGGCCCAGGCAUGCCAAAGGAAGUACCAGAAGGGUGGCCUAGGCAGGCAGACCUACUAGAGGGACCUGCAGACCCGCCCUUAAGAAGGUAUCUAAGCCAGGUGGUGAGUGCCCAGGCCACAGCCUAGCCCAGGAAGACAGGGUUGGGGCUGGUUGGAGGCUCCCAGAGCCUAGGGACUGGCAUCGCUAGGAGCCUCCCCGAGCUGCUGCUGGAACUCAAGGCGUGUCUGCCGGUUGGACUCAAGCAGCUCCUGGAGGCGGGCGUGGAGGUGGUCGUUCUUCUCCUCCAAAUGGUCCAAACAGGAGUUGAUCUGGUCCAACAUGGAGUUGAUGGCAGCAUAUUCUGGGAGCAAGGCAAAAGAGAGCCAAGGUUCUGUGUCUCCUCGGGGCUCACAAACAUCCCCACCCACACUGUGUCCCAACCUGGGGGACAAAAGGGCUUUGGGCAAGUCCCUAUUCCUUCCUGAGCCUCGGUGUCACCAUCAGGAAAAUGGGUGGAUGCCAAAAGUGAAAGGCUUUGGGGACAUAAUACCUUAGUGCACCAUCCUUUUUUCUAUGGUUAGGGUGGUCGGGGGGAGGUCUGCCAGACAUUGUCCUGCCAAUGCCAGUUUUCUCUCCACUUCCUACAUCAGCUGCCUGGAGGUCAGGGCCCACCUUCCCGAGUCGGGCAAUCAAAGCCCCAGUCCCCAGGCAGGCUCUACUCUCCAGCCCUUCUGAGGCUCCCUCUGCCCUGAGGGAAAAGAACCUCCCAAGCCCCAAGGCCCCUCCCCCUCCCUAGCCCCGUCUCCCAUACCCUUUCCUUUCCUCACCCUUUCCUCACCCGCUUUUGCCCACCUCGGGGCCCCUAAAACAUGCUGCUGUUGCCUCUGCCUGCAGGGCGUCCUUCUCCUGUCUUGCUUCCCUCCCCCUCUCCUCCUUCAAGUCUUAGCAUGGGUGUUGCCACAGAGAGACCUCCCAAUGCCCCAGACGGGAUCAAGCCUCUAUGUCUGAACUCCUUGCCCUCCACAUGCCUCCACUGCCCUCCUUCACCUCUGGCCUGACUGCUACGUGUGCUGCUGUGUCUCCCCGACCAGACUGCAGAACUCUUGAGAGGGGGAAUGCUCUUGUGUUCACUGCUGUUCCCCUGACGCCCUCAUUGCCACACUAUAAGCACUUGUUGAAUGAAUGAAUGCAUGAAUGAAUGAAGCCUCUGACUUUCUA